AUGGACACCCUCCCUCAAGACAUAAUUGACGAGAUUGUCUUCCACCUGGUACCAGCAGACUCUAAGCCAAAGACACCCUACGAUGUCCGCGGCCGGCCCUCUCUACCCCUGGCCCCAGUUGCUGCCGUUUCGCGCCGCCUCCAAGCCGCAGUGGAGAGGUUGACGUUCAGGUCCAUCAAGAUCACCAGUGACGAAUUGACCAAAUUCAACGAGUUGCUCGCACCACCGAGACGGCGUCAUCUCGCCAGCUUGACCGUCACCAUCCUUCUCCCGCCCUACGACGAUGCAGCUGCCCGGCGGGCGGAAUCACCAGAGGAGCGAACCGUCAACGACGAGAGCUACAGCCUGGGCAUAGCAGCGUUGUUCGAGGUGCUUCACAGCUGGGAGGUGGAAGACCCGGAGACGACAGCAUGCCGCCUGGCACUAUUCAUAAACCAUCCGGAAUCGCCUUCGGACAACCCAUGGCGGUUCAACCACGCUCCCUGGAGUGAUACGUAUCCCGAGGAGGAUGGCAUAUACGAGGGCAGAUAUUUGCAUUCCUAUAUCCAACUGCUCGACUCACAUGCGUUACCAACCCUUCAGAGAGUAAAACAGCUGGCGAUGCUCCGGCCGGAUGAUAGGUACGGUCACCGAAACACGUGUCCGAAAGUGCCAAUUGUCCUUGCCUCCAAGAUGCCGAACCUCGAGUCAGUGAAGCUCAGCAUGGACGACGACGAGAAGCGGUUCCCGGAUAUCCGAGUACGCCACCGGAAGGAAGCCGCGGAAGCCAUCGGGAUCCUGUCUCUACCAGCGCUGAACAAGGCCGACCUCGAUUUCUUCGUUCGGAGGCAGAAGAACGAAAGGGCUCAGCCGCAUGUUCUGCACGACCCGGGGAUCCCGGACCCGCUGAGCUCUGUGAUAUGUGAGUUCUCUCAGAAUCUCGUGAGCCUAAAAGUCUCGGGCGUCUUCGAUGAGUCCCUCCUCCGUCCCAUCGGACGCCUCGGCAGCACGCCCUGGCCGAGCCUUAGGUUCCUUGACAUCAAGCUCCUGAUCAACACCCCGGCCGGCGGCUGGUACUUCACAAAGCGCGACGACGUCCCUCCCCAGCCGCCGUACACGCACUGGUCGCGCACCAACAACGCCCACGAGGACCUCCACCUCGAAGACUUCAGCUUCCUCGAGGAGGCCGCCCACGCGCUGCUGAACCCGGUUUACGUCUUCCGCGGCAAGGCGGACGACGAGGCGCUCGCGCCCCUGGUCGGGGCCUACGCCGACGCGCUCGCGGCGAUGCCCAGACUCGCCUCGGCCGCGCUCAACUUCCAGCUCGAGGACGAGGUCGACGGCGAGCCCGGCUGGUUCUGCGUGGCGUACUUCGCGCCCUGCCGGAGCGCCUCGCGGCACCCGCCGCGGAUGAUCUGUCCGGACUGCAACCGCGGCGUGACGCGGCAGCUGGUGACGCUGCUGCUGGGGUGGGAGCCGGACGAGGCGCUGGCGGCCAAGUUGAGGGGGAUCGGGGGCGAGUUCCGCGCGGAGCCCAUGGUGGAGAAGACCAUGGCCGAGUUUCUCAAGUAUCACGAGGCCGACGUCGAAGAAGAUUGA